UCUUCGUUGAUCUGUUUUUAAAAUGUUUGAAUAUCCUAAGAUUAAGAAGUGGACAACGUACGAUAUUUUCAAUGCCAAGAAUGUUAUCCAAGACCAGGAAACACAGAGGAAGGCAUUGAACAAAGAGAAAUUCCGUUGUAUUGGGUACACUCUCCUCGACGGCAAAUCUAAUUCAACAGACGACUCCUUAAAAUGCCCGCGAAUAUGGGACGAUAUAAUGUGCUGGGCACCAACAGAACCCGGUACACUGGCAGUUCAGCCUUGUCCAAAAUACGUGGCAAAAUUCAACUAUAUACAGAAUGCUACUCGUAUGUGUAUGCCGGACGGAACAUGGUACAUGAAACCUGGAUUCAACUCUUCAUGGACCAACUUCUCUGCCUGCGAAACUAGUAAUGACAAUGGCUGGACAGUUCCAAAGUCGUUUGCUAAAUACAUGCAGGAGAUGCGGAUAAUGUAUAACAUAGGAUACGGUCUAUCGAUGACGUCAUUGGUAAUUGCUGUCUUCAUCAUGAUCUACUUCAAGAAGCUGCACUGCUCCAGAAACACCAUCCAUCUGAAUCUAUUUCUGUCAUUCAUUCUCCGAGGGGGCGUGUCCUUUGUGAAAGAAAAUAUACUGAUUGAAAAUGUCGGUUUUGCUUCAGACGUAAAGAAAGAAGAUGGUGGCAUCGUAUUUCUACCCGAUGUUUCGCAUUGGGAGUGUCGUCUGUUCUUCACAAUUUUUAAUUACAUCAUAGCUGCGAGUUACGUGUGGAUCUUCGUGGAAGCUCUCUAUCUCCAGGUCAUCAUUUCAGUAGCAGUGUUCUCAGAAAAAGGACGUCUGAAAUGGUUCAUGGGUCUCGGCUGGUGUUUGCCGAUGACGUUUAUCAUACCAUGGGCAGUUGUCAGAGCCACGAUAGACAAUGAAAAUUGUUGGAAUACAUACUACGACAAACCAUGGUUAAUAUGGAUUAUAUAUGGACCUAUAACUGCCACCACUGUCAUCAAUAUUUGUAUAUUCAUAAACAUCGUACGAAUACUAUUUACCAAACUCAACUCAUCACCGUGCCCAGAAACAAAGAAAUUUAGGUACAGGAGGUUAGCCAAAUCAACCCUGAUCCUUAUUCCACUCUUUGGUGUCCAUUACAUCGUGUUUACCUAUGUGCCAUUCGGCAGCAUGGAUCAGCAGGCUAUCAUCUAUUUACUGUAUGUCGAGAUGUUCUGUAACUCAUUCCAGGGAUUUUUGCUGUCUUUGCUGUUUUGUUUCCUCAACGCAGAGGUUCAGUCAGAGCUAAAAAAGGCGUGGAUGAGACGCCAUCUCCGGAGAGCAGAGAGCUAUCGCACGAGAUCGUCUUUCCUGUCCCGUGUUAGUCGUUCGCGACAUCACCCUAGCAACGACGGCAUGAAUGGAUCCAUUCAGUACACUGAUAGAGUCAAUCCCAUGGAAAUGAAUACUUGUCCGACUAUUAUCGAGGAAAAAGUCCCAUUUACAAGUGAACUUUCACAGGAAAGUAUUCUUGACAAUCACUUAGAUACGGUGUGGCCGAAGAGUGAAGAAGUAGAUCCUUGUUUGAAUAAUAACCAUACACUUGAGUGUCAACAGGCAGACGUUGUUGAAGACGGAUGUAAAGGGAGGUAACCUAUGGAACCUAUAUUUUAUUUACAUAAGGAAAAACAUUGUGGUUUGACAAAACAGUUUUGAAUUUAAAUGAACGUUAAAAAAUGUGAAAUUCAGUGUGGAUAAUGCAGACAAUCCUGUUCAACAGACACAAACAGGAAGUAUUUUUAGUGAAUAGAAAUACAAGCAAAUGAAUGGGGAAAAAAUCGGAAGGUUAAAAACAAAUAAAUAUUUAUAUGGCCAUUUUAUGUAUCGGAUCAAAGGGAACGAUUCACCCAUGGAAAAGGAAACAGCAUUUGGCAACGCAUUCCGUUAUCAGCUGAUCGCGUCAAUCAAUUGAAUGCGUGAAAAUACUGAAUUCCAAGUGAAUGACAAGAACGUAUGCAAUGGAAUACAUAUAUUAGUAAUGACCAAAAAUAAACAGAGGGUAAAAAAAUUAGAUGGGAUAAGCUUACCAAACAGAAAAAAAAAUCAAAAGACUAGUGAACAGAGUCGACUAUAAAUGUCAUGAUAACAAAUGCAUUGGUGGAAUAAGCCAUCCAUGUGAAUUGAAAAGCCGUUCUGAUUCUUCUAACGAUUCUUCCUGUUGAAAGAUAAUGGAAAUUAUCUGAUUUCUGUAUUGUUCAAUAAUGAGUGUAACAUGGCCGUUUCGGUACAAUCUUUCGCUUGAAGCAUCGCAAUUAAACUUCAGAAAAUUGAUCACGUGAUAUUCUGAAGAAGUCGUUCAACAGAAUUUGAAGUCAUCAAUCUGUUCAUAAUGUUCUUAACUACAUAUAUAGUAUGCGAUUAUCGGCGAGAGAGCAGAUCAUUACAAGACAGAAAACAGAGUGGUGGUUUCCAUUCAAACCAAAACGCCAAAAAAUAAUAGAAAAGUGCUAGAACUUCUCAAAGUCGAUCACUUUGAGUUGCUGUAAAAUUUAUGUAAAAUUUAUGGAAGAUGCAUGAAAGGGAUCUGUUUAAAGACGAUUUCAGCAGCGCCUUUUUUAAGAGUUAAGAAGGCAUCCAUCAAAACAGCAGAGAGAGAUAGAGAGAGAGAGAGAGUUGCCAUAUGCGGCAAUGACUGACCUGUCGACAAUUUUUGGUAUUUCAUUCCAUUUUGAAUGUUGUCCAUUUCAUUUUUUUCACCAUUUUACUUAAUAUGAUUAUUAAUUUAUUUAUGUAUGUAAAACGUAAUGUAAUUAUAAAAAUAAAUAAUUCAAAUUAUGGAGAACGGCACACCUCACAUACAAGUACUUUAGUAUAAGAUUUGCAGAAUGUGUAUCAGAGUAGUUUUCAUAGUAAUACAUAUCAAUCCAUUUAACCAC